GGCAGUGAUCGGUGGGGGCGUGGCUUGAGCGGCGUAGAGAGGGGCAGGAGCGCGGCGCCGCCGAGGCUUGGACGCGGAAGGGCGGCGCAGAGGGGAGGGGCCGCCUUUGCCGGACGCGGGUGCCCGGCAGCGGCACGAUGAGCCUGGCCCUCAGGAAUGAGCUCUCAGUAGACAAAACUAAAAAGAAGAAAAGAAGAGAACUGACUGAGGAACAGAAGCAAGAAAUUAAAGAUGCCUUUGAAUUGUUUGAUACAGACAAAGAUAGAGCGAUAAAUUAUCAUGAAUUAAAGGUGGCAAUGAGAGCCUUGGGUUUUGAUGUGAAAAAAGCUGAUGUACUGAAGAUACUUAAAGAUUAUGAUCGCGAAUCAACAGGCAAGAUCACCUUUGAAGAUUUUAAUGAAGUUGUGACAGAUUGGAUAUUGGACAGAGACCCACAAGAAGAAAUACUCAAGGCAUUCAAAUUGUUUGACGAUGAUGACUCCGGUAAAAUAAGUCUGAGAAACCUGCGCCGGGUUGCUAGAGAAUUGGGUGAAAAUAUGUCUGAUGAAGAACUACGGGCUAUGAUUGAAGAAUUUGAUAAGGAUGGGGAUGGAGAAAGUACGUGUUGGCAAAUAAAAUACUGUAUAAUCUUGUUCUUAAUUUUGUUCCCUUUUUAGGUGUUGUGUUGCUGUGAAAAUGUCCUCUUAAAUUUCCUUCUAGAGCACUUUAAUUUCAAACAUAAUUUAGCUUACAAAUAAUGCAGAUGGUUGCUUUUGACAGCUACUAAUCCUGGAGUCUAAGAAUCAAGUUGAUUCACCACCAGCUCUUAUUCAAUGGAAGUCUAUUAAAAGAGGGGUGAAAGUGUAGUUGAAGGUAGAAGAGAUUCUGUGUACCUACAUUACAUUUUUAUUUCCUUAUAAACCAGUAAAAGUAUUAAAGUGCUGAGUCUUUUGAUCACUUACUUGAUAUAUCUUAAGUGCUGAUGUGUCACUGUUGUGAUUUCAGCACUGGAUAUGGAGCAUUAAGCCAAUAAAUCAUGUUGUAAGUAGCCUGGGUCUCUGUAAGAUCAACUUGGAUGGCUCUUUACCUACUCCUUGGAGUGCUGAAAAGCAUUGUGUGAAAAAUUCCUCUGCAAUUGACAAGGUCCAUACAGAGUAGGCUGCAGAAGGGAUUUACUAGGUAGAUAAAAAAUGAAUUAGCAAAUCAAAUAUGAUGCUAUGCUUGUUAAAUCAUUGUGAACACUGAAACUUAGAGUUUUUCAUUAUCUUCAAAAUAACCUUAUUUUUACAUCGGAAAUCUUAGUACCUGAAUUUUGAGGAUCACUCACUUAAGACCUUGUACCUAAAGAUUGUAUCAGUCCAUUGAACACCAUUCUUACUAGGGUGGUGACUCGUAUCGGAGACUUCACUAGCAGGUCAUCAAUUUUUCCUGUGGCAAUGAUAUUUAUGCUUGUAAACUUCUCUUAGACUCAAAACUCCCACGUACUAGUGGAAAAAAUUGUGUUGUCAACCUUUCAACAGAUAGUCUGCCAUGAUAUUUGGCAUAGGUGUUAUUUUUUGGAAGUCAUAGCUGUAGAGGUGAGUGAAGUAGAAUUUCUUGUGGAAAUACAUUUUGUCAUGUUGAUCUCCUGGAGCUACCGAAUGAGAUGUCAGCAUUGUGGAUCAAUGUUCUUUUGUCACAUUGCUAUUUGGGUACUGCAAAUGGAACAUAGACUAUGAGGUCUUUUCAGAAGGGUUAUUGAAUCAUAAUUAUUUUGUAUCAGUGCUACAUUUUUUUUUAAAUCAAAUUUUUCAGCUAAGACUAAUUGGCUCAGUUACCUCUUAUUCAGUCAUCCUUUCAUUAUCUUUGUUAGAGCAAUCAAGCAGAAGAUUGAAUAUAGAAGAUUGACAGCAUAAUGUUUGUAUGUGGUACUGUUUAUCCUUAAAGUUCUCUGUGUUUUUUUGUUUUUUAAAGAAAACUGAGGCUGUUCCUAGCAUUUUAAGAUUCAUUCUGAGAAAGUAAAUUAUCUUGUGAAUCUCCAUUUCAUUUGUCUUCAAACCCCUGGAUCAUGGGGCAAAAUCUUGCUGUCAUCUAAUUGUCCUUAUUUUGCUGCCCUCAAAAAAGUUUGAAACUGUUGUUAGUAUUUUUUAUCGAUAUGUCAAAUACAGGAGUAAUACCACUUCUGGUUGAACACCUUUAUUACAUUUGAGAGAUAGUUUUGCACACAGCGGAAUAAGGUGUCUUGUAUGAUACUCAGGUUACAUGAACCCUUAUGUUCCCAGCAAAACCACUGAGCUCUGCUGGAAGGCUGUACACAGAUUUCUGUAAAAGAAAGUUUAUUUGGCAUACUUUUGUCUCCCUUAAAUAUGUAAAUAAUCUUAUUUUGGUAUUCCUGGGUUUAAUAAUUACUUCUGGCUUUGAGCACUAACUUUGGAAAUUCCAUGGCGUCAGUUCAUGCAGUUUUAACCAUCUUGAGUGGAUGCAACUGUAGGAAGCACUAUCCAGUCUCAUGUCUCAGAUUUUGGCAUGGAAUGAAGAGAAGUACCCAAACCCACCACUGAAAAAGGGUGCACCUUUAACUCUCAAGAUUUUAAGUCAACGUUAUCUUUAUAUUAGCUGUGAUUCUAGUUUAUUUCUUUAUGAUUAGUUAUGUCAUGGAGUUGAGAGAAAUCUGAUGCCAUGACAAAUGGUACUUCUGUUUUCUUGGUGCUUAAGUUGUGAACAAAUCAUACGUCUGAAGAGGAUUAACUGGGAUUACUUGGGUUACUGGGAAUUGUAACUACAUUUCUUUUUGAAGAUUUUUGCAUGUUCCCAAAUUUGUCAUUGUAGUGUUGUAUUUCCGCUUUGCAGCAUGGAUUCAAGGAUGCUGUAAACCAGAAAAUAUUUUUCAGAGGAUGUUUGAAUUUGUGCUGUUACUGUGUUGUUACUGUGAUAAAGCUGUGGAAAUGUUUUUAAAGUCAUACAGCAACAGUAUUUUUGUGACCUAAAACUAGAUGUAGCUAUAUGAUGGACUGAUGUUUCAGACCAUAGGGCUCUUAACUAGACUAAAUCUACUUGUUUCCUAUUUUUUACAUGCAUCACAGCAGGACAUAUUUAGGUUUUUUAAAUUUUUUUACUCUUUAACAUAGUUGAAUUUCUUUAAUUGUCUUCUAGCUGUGAAAGUAGUUCUUUCUCUGCAGUGCUUUGUUUAGGAAUAGCUUGGGCAUGUUGGCUGGGAUGGAUAUAGUCAGGGCUUUUAUAAGUCUUGUCUUUUCCAUACCACCAACUUACUCUAAUCAUUCUGCACUACAGUAAUUACUUGCAGAGUGUACAUGUUCACUGGUUAACUCUUUUAAACAUGAUUUAGAUCAGUACCUCAGGUAUAACUGCAGCAAAAUAAUUAAUGAAUGCUAAUUAAUGUAUUAUUAUGACUUAUUAUCUUCAAGUGCAUUUGUGUAAAAUUUCUGUUAAUUAUAAAUGAAAAAUGGAGAAAGUUCAGAUAGGGAAAGGAACAUCAAAUGUCUAUUUUAAUUCUAGCUAAUUUAUGGAAUAAUUGCUAAAUGAUCCUAAAAUUUGUUUUGUAUUUGGCAAGUGUUACAGAUUGGGGAGACAAGAAUAGCAUUGUUUGAUCUCUGAAGGUAGAUUAGAUGUAAAUGUUAAAUUACAAUUUUAAGAAUAAAACUGAUUUCAAUCAUAACUAGCUGGUAUUGUUGCUUGAGAAGUACUUAGUAAAAUUUAGCUACCAUUCUUAUAGACCUUUAAAAUAAUACUAUUUUGCAUAGCCAUCGUACAUAUGCUUCUCAGGGAUUUUUUUUUUAAUUCAUGUUUCACUUUCAGAAUAUUUUUACUUUCAUAAUAAGAAAUAAUAUAAGUAAUUACAAGAGAGCUAGAUUCUGCCUUUAGUAUUACACAUAAUAAAGCUUGCAUUCUGACUUCAUGUUGCAUGAAGUGCAAAACCCCGUUCUAGAAGCAAACUUGUAGAAACUUACAGUGACAAAUCAGAUGCAACAAAUACUAGCAGAGUUUAAAUAAAGUACAGAUAGGAAUUAUUUCAUUAUGGUUUAUUGUUGUUUGCUGUUUGUCUAAUGACUUUCCUUUUUUUUCCUUUUUUUUUUUCUUUU